AUUUACACUUCAUUUAUCACUUAUGUACUAGUAUCUCUUUUGGUAGUGUGGAGAAAGAGAGAGCGAGGAUUGUUUGUUUCCCUUGUCUACAUUCAGCUAGAAUCUCCAUAACUGAACAUCAAACAGAAAUAAGUGCUGAAUAUGAAUGCAUCAGCUUUACCGGAUGAACUAUGGAGACGAAUCCUUGAAACUGGAAUUGAAUCCUCCAAGCUCAACUACAAAGAUGUUUGCAGCCUCUCCAUAACUUGCACGCGCUUCAAUCGAAUCUCCAACGAUGAUUCUCUCUGGUCCUCUUUAUUCUUCGCUCAUUUCCACCAUUAUCCUGUUAAGGAACAACAUCCUCAAUCUUCUUCUAAUGUUUCUAACAAAUCGCUAUAUAAAACUAGAUCUCUGAUGAAUGACACAGAAGCUGAAAUACAAGAACUUAGAAGAUUACAAAGAGAGGUGGAUCUAUCAGAGACUGUAAUGAACUUUUUAGCUUGGCAAGAAAGGUUAAAAGUUGCUGAUCUUAAAAAUAGUUUAACCCUGAGAAAAUGGUGCACAAUGGCAAGGGUCACGGAGCUGCAUAGGGUGUUCGGUACAAAUUUGAAAGAAUAUCGACUCUCUUCCACAGCAAGGCGUGUAGUUCGGGGAAUCAUUAAAUUUUUCUUUGAUCUAUUUGAAAAAAACAAAGUUCCCGUGUCGCUGAUUAACCAAGACAAAAUACACGUCAGGGGUGAUAUGACUAUAUGGGUAGCUGGCCUGGUCACACACCCGUUGUCAGAUGAUUUACGGAAUGAAGCGAUAAACAAACUGCUAGACAUCAUACGUAGCUUUGUGGGAGAAAAUCUACCCAAAGAUGUUGAGCAUUUGCUGGAAUGCCUUGAAGAGUCUAAGACUAUAGAUUGCAUGAAAGUGGUAGCCUUGAUGCAUCCUAGCAUGUAUGAUAAUUUUAGAUUCGCUGCAUUCAUUCAGUACAUGUAUCAACUGUACAUGUGCAAUGCAAACAAUCAAACCAGUGACUUGGCCAAGUUCAAGACUAUUACUUAUUCUAUACCGCCUUAUUGCAACCCCGAAGCGCAAUGGGUGAAUAGAAUAAGGAAUGAUGCAAGUGGUAGUGCAACGUGGAAUGAACUCCUCAACUUAACCAUCUCAGAAAUUGGACAGUCCCAUCAGGAUUUUGAUACUCCCAUUGGCAUACUGAUUCUUCUGGGGAGUGCGCUGGCACACGCAUCAUCAAGUAAUAAUGGCCGUCAAGUUCGUAUCGAAAAUGUGGAGAGCGAACUCUUUGUUCUUUUCCCUACAUAUAUGCCAUACUUUGUGCAAUUUAUGGUUUCCGGCAAGUAUUUCAAAGAGCAUUGGAUGUUGUAGGCCAUAUUCAUGAGAAGUUUUACUAUGGAGUAGCAACACAAAGCCAGAGAUCAUGACCUAUUGCAGUUGUGUAUGUUUCUAUGUGCCUACUUUGUAGGUUUGUGAAUGUUAAUCUAUUAGGUGACCCUUUAUAUCAUAGUUAAUUAAGUGUCAAGUGUAGUAAGUAUGCAAUAUAUUUUGCUGUUUGGGACAUUAUUGCCUAGUUCCAUACUGAGCUUAUUUCUUUUGUUCUCAUUUCCAUUUUGAUGUUCUUUUUAGGUGGAAUGAAAUGUUUUUUUAUCGC